GACAAAGGCAGUUCGUCCCAGCCAGUUCUAAGCAACCGCCGCAGCCCCGCCCCCACAGCCCGGCUGCUCCGGCCUAGGGUCCGGCCAGACCACGAACGUUCGCUAGGCCGCGCCUGGACGUCCACCCCUCCCGCGUGGAUUUCCAGCCCGGACCCCAGGGUGCGGCUGGCGGGGUCGGGAGGAGUCUUAGGCCCUAAGGGCAGGGAAGCUUGGCUAAGACAGACCCGGGCUGGGGGGAGGGGAGCAGGCUCGGGGCGGAGCCAGACGGGUGGGGGGCGGGCCCUGGGAGUUUGGGGCGCUGGCCAAGGCGGGACGCAGCCCUGAAAAAUAGAACGCUGGACUCUCCUGCGCUCACUCGCUGGCGCAACGUCGUUCCUCUAGCCGUCUGCGCUCGCGGACCCGGCUCGCGGCCUCUCGCCCCCCUCACGUUCUAGAAGAGAGCAAGAUGAUUGGGAAGGGCAGCUUCGUCCUCGGUCUCCUGGUCCUGGUGAUGUUCUGUAGUCCAGGUGGUGCUCUGAGAUGCUUCCAGUGUGAUUCUCCUAUAGCGUCCUGUGUCAAGAACGUAACUUGUAAAACUGACCAAGAUGCAUGCAUUCAGGUUGUUCUGAUAAGUAAACUGAGGCUUAGAAAGUACAGUGCAGAAGGUGGAAAUUAUCACUAUGGAUGUUGGAAAUAUGCCGACUGCAACAUCAAUAAGAUUGGAGAAUUUAUUAAGCUUCCCAUUGCCAAGUACAGCUGCUGCCAAGACGACCUGUGCAAUGCUGCAGGGAUGGGGACCCCAGUCAGCAAAACAGCUGUGAUUGUUGGGUUGUUGGUGAUGUUGGUCGGGAGCUUUCAAAUUUAAUUGAGUGGAAGGGGAAAGAGCCCUAAGGAAGUGUGAGGGGUGUGUGUGUGUGUGUGUGUGUGUGUGUGUGUGUGCGCGCGCGCGCGGCUCGCGAGCACAGAGGGGGGGGGUCGGUCUAUUUCCCUCUCCCCAUGAGAUCUCAAGUGUUGCAUCUCUCACUAAGUGCAUUUUGUGUAGGUUGAGGACGUUUGGUUACAGUUCCUUUGGGAAGCAUGCAGGGGGAGGUGUGUGAAUAUGAAUGCUAUUCUCAUUCCCAGGUGGGCCUCCCAGAUGGGGAGACAUCUUAAACUCUGAAGUAAUGGAAAGAACACUGUGGCUGCUGGUAACUUGUCAUUUCUGGAAGCUUUGUCAAUCUGUCCGGCCCGCCCCCCCCCCCAACCCUUCACCCCAUAGCUGUGUCCACAUGUUGAGGAUUAGCCAUGAGAAUUCCCAUUUGGUAUUCCUUCCUACUUCCCCAAGUAACUCAGUUCAUGAUCUUGCCUGAGUCACUGUCCCUUCUCAUUCCUUGGCCUUCAAAUUAAGACAGUUUUGUUUUGUUUUAAUUAAUGCUUCCAUCACUGUAUGAACUAUCCAGGCCCAUCCUUUUGACUCUCAAGCCACUUUUCGAGCAUUUCCUCCUCUGCCACCGAGAAAGGAAACAUUAGCCCAGUCUAAAAAUAUACCCCGUCCAGGGAACAAGUGUCACUAAAACUCUAGUUUCCUUGUGACUGGAACAGGUUCUGACCUGAGAAAUGUCUGGCAAGACAGAGAGGAGGGAGCCCUCCAAAUGGAAGGGCACUAGAAACCAAUCCCCCUCUAGAGGCAAGUAAAAGAUGUCUCACUGCUGGGGGACACUUGAGCAUCUUGAGGGAAUCAGAUCCUUAGGGUCCCUUUCCCCAUUCAGCCCACGAGAUUUGCAUUAAAGAUGGGAUUUGAGCUCCGGUGGGAACCUUUACAAAGCCAAAAUUAAUCUGUCACACUCGAGUAACCAUCCGUCCCAUCCACCCACCCAAGCAUGAGCUCUGUCCUGGCUCUGUUACUGCUAGACAUUAACCCACCCUUGCCACGCAUGCCUCGACGGAACCACUUGACCAAUGUGGGAGAUUUAAAGUUGGUUGGUGGAAAGUCCUUUUUUCCAUACAUAAUAUCACUGUUUCUGAAAUGUGAUGGAAGAGUCAAGGAAGACUGGGGGGGGGGGGGCCUCUAAAUCACAUCCUUAACAGACAUAAGAACUUACUCAUUGCUGAGACUAUUCAAAACUCUCAUAGCCACAUGAUUAACAAAAUUGGUGGGGUAUGUGUGUGUGAUAAAAGCCCUCCCGUGUUAGGAGGGCUAGUCAUUCUGCUGUCAUCAAAUGUGUUGGCUUCCUGGAGACGCUCUGUCUGCUAACUUGGAUUCCCUGCUUUUUAGAGUUUGUAAGCACCGUGACAACAUAUUAUUAGAAGAACCCAAAUAAGAUUUUGUAUUUCUCAAAAUGUUGACUGUACUCAAAAGUUAGCUUUGUUGAUCAAGGCACUGUUUAUAAUAUAGACUUUUCAGACAUUCUAAGGUGGAUGAGUUCUAUGGCAUGUUGUGUCUUGCUGCAAAUUAAAUCUAAUCAAGCUGUU